AACUCAUCUUCUUUCCCGUACCAAAAGAGUAAAACCAUCUAAAAAAAAUUGGAGUGAGUGAGAGAGAGGGGAACAAGAAGAAGAGGAGACCGAACUCUAAAUCUAGGGUUCCCAAUUUGGCCGGAACUCUGAUCCCGCUCCGAGCCCCGGCAGCAAUGAGCUGAUGAGCAAUGGGCUGCGCCUUCGGCAAAGACGCGUCCCCCGCCCCCUCCUCCGCCUCCGUCAGGCGGAAGAAGGAGCGGACCGCGCGCCCCGUCGCCUCCGACCGCAAGUCCCAGGCCGCCCUCUCCAAGAUCGAGACCGCCGUCGUCGAUGCCCCUCCUGCCGCCGCAGCAGUCCGGGCGGAGAAGGCGGAGCGCCUGGCCGGGGAGCGGCCCCAGGGGCGGCGGCGGCAGCGGGCCGAUCCUAGGCUGGGCAACCCCCCGGCGCAUAUACACGGCGAGCAGGUCGCCGCCGGGUGGCCUUCCUGGCUCUCCAUCGUCGCCGGAGAGGCCAUCAAGGGGUGGACGCCCCGCCGGGCCGAUACCUUCGAGAAGCUCGCGAAGAUUGGGCAAGGGACUUAUAGUAAUGUUUACAAGGCUAGAGACACAUUAUCAGGUAAAAUUGUGGCAUUGAAGAAGGUCCGGUUCGAUAAUUUGGAGCCGGAGAGCGUGAAAUUUAUGGCCAGAGAGAUCAUCAUAUUGCGGCGGUUGGAUCACCCCAAUGUAGUGAAAUUGGAGGGUUUAGUGACCUCCAGGAUGUCUUGUAGUUUGUAUCUGGUGUUCGAAUACAUGGAGCAUGACUUGGCUGGUCUUGCUGCCAGCCCUGGAAUCAUGUUUACGGAACCUCAGGUAAAGUGUUUUAUGUAUCAGUUGCUCUCAGGACUUGAGCACUGUCACAAUAGGGGUGUGCUGCACCGUGACAUUAAGGGAUCAAAUCUUCUAAUUGAUAAUGGUGGGAUGCUUAAGAUUGCAGACUUUGGGUUGGCGACUAUCUUUGAUCCUAACAACAAGCAUCCUAUGACUAGCCGGGUGGUCACACUUUGGUAUAGGCCCCCAGAGCUUCUGUUGGGUGCAAAUGAUUAUGGUGUGGGUGUAGACCUCUGGAGUGCAGGCUGCAUUCUAGCAGAAUUGCUGGCUGGGAAGCCUAUAAUGCCAGGGCGAACUGAGGUUGAACAGCUGCAUAAGAUUUUCAAGCUGUGUGGCUCCCCCUCAGAAGAAUACUGGAAGAAGUCAAAGUUGCCCCAUGCUACAAUUUUUAAACCCCAACAGCCAUAUAAACGCUGCAUAAAAGAGACAUUUAAAGAUUUCCCACCAUCAUCAUUGCCAUUAAUUGAAACUCUUCUUACAAUUGACCCAGCUGAUCGUCAAACUGCCACUGCUGCCUUAAGAAGUGAGUUCUUCACAACCGAGCCUCAUGCAUGCGAGCCUUCAAGCUUGCCAAAAUAUCCUCCAAGCAAGGAGAUGGAUGCUAAACUAAGGGAUGAAGAAGCCAGAAGGUUGAGAGCUCCCGGAAGGGCCAAUGCUGAUGGAGUUAAGAAGGCACGCCCACGUGAUCGAGCUGCCAAGGCAGUUCCUGCUCCAGAGGCUAAUGCUGAAAUCCAAGCAAACCUUGAUAGACGGCGCCUAAUCACACAUGCAAAUGCAAAGAGCAAGAGCGAAAAGUUCCCUCCACCGCACGAAGAUGGAGUGCUUGGUUACCCAUUAGGUUCUCCACAUCAUAUGGAUCCUAUCUUUGAUCCACCGGAGGCUUCAUUCAGCACAGUGUUCCCCUACCAGAAAGGAAGUGUAACAACAUGGUCCGGACCAUUGGUCGACCCUGCUACUGUUGGCCAUCCAAGGCGAAAGAAGCAGACUGCAGGUGAUACCCGCAUUCCUGUUCACUCAAAACAACUUGCUGGUGCACAUGGCUCUAGGGAAAUGCAGGACAAGGUCAGUACUCAAGUCAGAUAGAAUCCGUGAAAACUAGAAUCUGUUUGACGCGAUCUGGAUUAGUUUCCUGAGGUGCAACUUCUGCGUAAUGAUCCUUUGAUGGUUGGAAAGCCUGUUUAUUGGAUGGAGAGGUAAAAGUCCUUUUCCUUUUUUUCAUCCGCCUUCCUAGUUUUCCAUUCCUGUUCAAUUUUUGGAUGGUUAGCCUUGGUAUAUAGGGCUGGAGAAAAUCUUCCAUUACCAUGUAUAUUUGAUUUUUAUUUUUCUGAUUUUUUCUUGCGUAUCACAACCUGAAUGCUGGCUAGGUUAUUUGAAUCAAAUAAAUAUUAUGGUAUCCUGUCAUCCAUUUGUAA